AUGACAAUCUCCUAUACGCUGGACGUCUCUCAGACGAAUCUUCAAAGCUUUUUGAAGCUGUUAUUUCGUUGGAGAGGCAGUGUUUGGAAGGCUGUGAGUGGUCAGCUGCUGAUUUGGACGGCAGCAUUUCUGUUGGUCAGCUGUGUCUACCGUUACGUGCUCAGCCCGGAUCAACAAAACUGGUUCGAGCAUCUUGUCAAGUACUUGGAUUCCAAGUUGGAUUCCAACAUUCCGCUCACAUUCAUGCUCGGUUUCUUCGUCUCAUUUGUGGUCGGGCGUUGGGGAUCGAUAUUGAACGGGAUAGGGUGGAUCGAUGAUGCAUCCAUCCUUUUCGCAUCAUAUAUCCGUGGUGGCGGUGAGUCGACGAGAAUUUUGCGGAGAAAUAUGGUUAGGUAUAUGGUGCUCUGCCAGGCGUUGGUGCUUCGCGAUAUUUCGAUGCAAGUUCGAAAACGAUUUCCUACAAUGGACACGCUGGCAGCUUCUGGUCUGAUGACCGAGGAAGAGAUGGACAUUCUUGACGAAAUCAAAGAUCCGUACAGUAGGUACUGGGCGCCGAUCCAAUGGUGUGUCAAUCUUGUUUACGAGUGUAAAGCCGAUGGUAGGAUAGACGACUAUUACCUCAUGAAUAAGAUUAUAGAUGAAAUCAGCAAAUUCCGUCACGGUCUAGCCGCACUUCUCAAAUAUGACUGGGUACCAGUGCCGCUCGUUUAUCCACAAGUUAUUUUUCUUGCGGUUCGCUUUUAUUUUGUAAUCUGUCUAUUUGGGCGACAAUUUAUCGUUACAGGAACGAAUCCAAGCGGAAUCGAUCUUUGGCUACCGAUUACUACGAUGAUUCAGUUCAUUGUUUACAUGGGAUGGAUGAAGGUAGCCGAGGCUCUUUUGAACCCACUCGGUGAAGAUGAUGACGAUCUAGAAUGCAACUAUGUGAUUGACAAGAAUUUAAUCACAGGAGUCGCAAUAGUGGACACCAUGUGGAAACCGGCAAAGACUGGCUAUUCUAUGGUUGAAGAGAAUUUGGCAAAGAUACCGCAACAGAAGAAGGACGAUUUUUGGGGUAUUGAUAAAAUUGCUCCGCUGUACAGUAUUGAGUCAGCCGAGCGUUCCGUUCAUCCGCUGGUAGGAAGUGCGAGUAAAAUUAACUUAGUGAAAAAUCGACAUGAGAUUGUCAUGACGCCACACAAAAACAAGUUGAGUGAGUUGAGCGAGGAAGAACAGAAGACUUACCUGCGACGGGUUUGUGUGUCGGCGCAUAACGCCCGACAUCUACGACAACGCACUCAGGAACGACGUAACAGUCCGGACACUUGUCUGUCGAGAGUUCGGACGAGGUCGAAUGGUAAAUUUCGAACGGUGUCGACAAAUGGCACAAGAAACGGAGAGGAUCCAUGGCAACGAUCCGUUACCGAUGUCGAGAUGAACCUAUCUCCAUCGACGACAUUUCAUCCAAGUAAUCAAGUACAUCCUGAAGUACCACCCGAUUCUAUAUCUGAGUCUGGAUCACGAAGUACUCGACGGUUUUGA